UGGAACAGGAUACAUUAAGACAUACCGGCUAGUCCAAUAUUGACUCUACGAUCUUUCCUGCAUUGCAUGUCUCAGGAAGACGUGUUUUAAAACUUUGCUUUAACUCACUGCUCGGGUAGCAGCAAGCCAUAGGAUGGGUUUUCCGGGCCAAUACCUGUUUCUUCUUAUGUUUGUAGUACAAACAGGUGGGCAAACGUGGAAGCCUUAUGACUGUCGGCGAGUGAACUCUCAGUGCAGAUUAAAUGUUGGAGUAUGUAUGACAAGCACGGGUAUGUGUGACUGUAAAGCUGCAAUACCCAAGGUUGAGGGUUUCGAAGGUUUUGACUGCAACCUGGAAACAAAUACUAUUGUGGCACCCUCGAACUGUGGAAUCACAUGCUUAAAUGGAGGCACCUGCUAUCGAAGCGGGACAAGUCACAUGUGCUACUGCUCAGAGGAGUAUACCGGACCAACGUGUGAACAGGCUCGAGUUGACGUGACGUUAUGCAAUGAGACGCACAUAGGAAUGUACAUCAAACCUCACCACGCCUCAAUCUUCAAUGGUAGAAUCUCCAUAAUUCAACCAGCUUCCUUCGAUUCUGAAUUACUUCUUUCCGAUCCAGCCUGCUCGAAAAACGGCCAAAAUGACAAAGAAGCUGACAAUUCCUUUUUGUUCAUCGUUUCCUUAGACUCAAGUAGCCCCUGCUAUGAGGGUUUACGGAUUACAAAUCAGUCUAAUGGCGCUAUACGAUAUGAAUACAAGAUGCGUGUGAAUUAUGGACUUGUCCAAACCUUCGUUGAUGAAACACAUUCUUUCGUUUGUGAAAUAAAUCCGAACGGCAACACUGGGGGAGUACGGGUUGGCACUCAGCGUGUAGAUCUGAAUGGGACAACUGUAACGGGCACUCAUACUCCGGGAACGCUGAGGAUCUUGACCAGAUCUGGAUUGACGCCGGGGGAAGAGGCAUCACGCUUGUUGUACAUAGGCCAGCAGCUUUUCGUGGAGGUCUCCCUUAAAUCUUCAUCUACAUACACUUCGCUAGCUGUCGAUUCUUGCGUAGCAUUUCCAAACAGGGAUGGUACAGGACAAAAGAUAGAGUUUUUAACGAACAGGUGCCCGAAUGCGGAUUAUCUCUCCGUGAUAGAUACUUCAGUGGGGACUAUACAGCAAUCCAGCAAAACCGUUCUCGUGGCUAUGUACGCCAUACGAUUUCAGCAAACAAACGAUCUCUUUAUUUCAUGUAAUAUAACCUUGUGUCGUGAAAGCAACAAGGGCUUAUGUGAAGCUGUUGACUGUCCUGUUCAAACCGGAGGUCCAUCCAGAGGAUUUGGUCGAAGAAAAAGAGAUUCCGACGAGGCGGAGUAUGUGUCUUUAACACAGCAUGCGAUGGUAGUUCAGUCAGAAGCCGAAAUAGACGCAAUUCGUGGAUGCAAGACCCGAACCAUAUACCAGACCACAGAGACAUCAUGCCUACAGAAUACAGUAUUCCUAGUUGUGACUGCGGUCUCCGUGCUGCUGCUGACUGUCACAUUGGUUAUAGCUAUUGUACUAUGUCGUCGUUGCUCCUAUAUGCACAAAACAUCAAAGUAAUCCCCUGUCUCAGAAAUCUAUGAUCGGUGUACAUAUUUCAUCAUGAUUCGAAACCUGUCGAAAAUGUUCUGAUAGGACAUCUCGGAAGAAGUUUCUAUAUUUGUCAAGCAAAGUGAAAGGAAAUGUCCCUAAGAGACAGACAUACUUUCCAAGUUAUAUGAUUAACUUCUGAUAUCCCCAAUCUCUUCGUAAGCGCUUCACAUACGGCCUAUUGCAACUACAUCAGUUGAACGAUCGCAUAGACAAAUGCAGCGCACUGCGCAACUAAAUCCAUUUUGCAACGAGACAAAUGGUUACUGUGAUAUGCAUUUCUGUUUACCAAGGAGUCUAAGCGUUCCUCCUCGAGAUGUCUUAUGUUACGCGAUGUCUGAAGUUACGCGAUGUUACGCGAUGGCUAAUGUUACGCGAUGUCUGAUGUUACAAGAUGUCUGAUGUUACAUGAUGUCUGAUGUUACGCGAAGCCUGAUGUCGCGCGAUGUCUGACGUCACGCGAUGUUACGCGAUGUCUAAUGUUACACGAUGUCUGAUGUUACGUGAUGUUAUGCGAUAUCUGAUGUUACGUGAUGUCUGAUGUUACGCGAUGUCUGAUGUUAAUCCUGGCUUUGCUGUCUGAAAUUCCUCAGGUAGCCAUGUAAAACCAGCCAGCGACAGUUAUUAUGAUUUUGCACAGGUGGUCGGGAAUCUCUUGAGUGCAGUUAUAUAUUGGUUGAGUUGGCUAUUCAUAACUAGUAUAUAGUCCAAUCCAAUCAGCCACAUGAGAGUUUAAAGAAAACAUUAACACUAAGAAUCUGUUAGCAAAGAAUAUAAAACACUAUCCAGGAAAAAAUAGAUGUAUUUUAUUUUUGAGAAUUUUUUUUCAGCCAAUUAAAUGCAUUUGACACAAUAGAUUCUACGGUAGCCUUUUCUGACCUUCUUGUAACGAGUGGGAUCGCAUCAGAUUGCAGUAAGAAUACAGGUACAUAUAGAGCUCCAUGGACCUUGAAAUGAAUUAUUUCAAGCCAAAAAAGUACGGAUGUGACGUCAUUGAUGCAAAAUGGCUCCAAAAGACCACCAUAUAAUCCGUUGUUUUAAAAUAUUUCAUAUUCGAUUUGAAAAAUUCUAAUUAAAACUUGAUUUGUUUACCAGGAUUGUUUAAGGGCAUCCAUGUUAUGAUUGCUUCAAUUCAGUGUUUUCUUUGUUAACUAUAAGCAGAACUUCAUUACCUAGAAGUAUGCAACUUCCCUAUAGCUUGUCUACACGACACAGUACACAUGUUACGUCAUUUUUAUAUUUCCAAGCAACUCUGAAACAAUUACUGUCAAAGACAUUGUUGUCCAUUUACUAAACUCUCCAUUGUAGUAAUUUGUUCAGUCUAAUUCAACACAAGCGCGUAUGGAUCCCACCAUGCAUUAGCCGUUACUCAAAUGAUAGCUAAGCAAAAGAGGGAAAAUAUACAUGGCUGCACAGAUACGUCACAUAAUGUGUUAGAAAUGGAAGAAAAGUGUGAAGUGCCGAGGAGACUAGCCAUAGGGAAGUUGCACACUUUUAGGUGAUGGGCUUCUGCUAUAAUUUAUCCGCGUUUUGAGAAAGGUAUAUGGGAAUCUAAACACGGGGCCUGAAAUCUGAACCCUGAUUUGCAGGCGAGGUGCUAAAAUUUUACGCCAUGGGUAUAAACACCCAUAUACCCUUUUCAACAUGCGAGUGACGCUUUUGCACCUACAGUAUUUAGGGCUCCAAGAUGUACCAUUGAAUGCAGAGUUGCAAAUGAAAAUGACGAACUCGUCAUGGUCACUCCUACGCAGUAAUUGUAUUUCACAGGUUAUAAAUUAUUUAAACUAUUAAAUUUAAUUAUUUAUGUUAUUUCUAUGCACACGUGGGCUUGGUGUGCAGCUCAGACAAGUGAUUAAUGUUAUUUUAACCUGUAAUUAGUCGGUUGCAAAUGAGAACUAUGGGUGAAUGCUUAUAUCACACUAUGCUGUGUAAUGAUUUGACUCGAUAUUGGUUGGAUUCAUAUUUAAAACAAAUUCAUCGUGGGUGACCAAAGGGUUGUGCCCCUUUUCCCCCUGGACAAUGUGCUGCUGUAUUCUGUGUUUCCGGUUUAUGCUGAUUUCUUUUUGUUUUACAUAAUUGAUCGUAAAAAUUAAUGCUCCACUGUCUUACAUAAAAGUUUGCUUAUUUUAUUAUCAAACAUAGCGGGUUUGCCGCAUAACAAUUGUUUUGGCGCUAUAAAUGCCUAAUAUUAUCAUCUCUAUCUUCUUCAUGAUGGGCUUUGAAUUUAUCAGUACGUGCAUUCCGAGUGAUGCUUACAGCAAUCCAUGCUUAAGUAUUUUAGUAGAACCACAAUAUAUCUCCUACUGAUAAAUCAUGUCUCGAAUCGUCUGCUAUUUAUUAAUGCAUAUCUUAUAUAUAUUCCUAAAACAAUUGUUCAGAUACCAUCAACUGUCGGUGUUGAAAUCGUAACUUCUUAGGCAUCAUGUGGAUUGUUUCCACAGAACGAACGAAUAUAUGUAUUAAUUUAAGGAAACUUGUGACACCCUACUGCUUAUUUUUCAUUCUCAAAGUGUAAAUAUUUGUUACAUAUUAUAAUAAAACAGUU